GCCCAAGCCUCCUGCUGACCCCGCAAACCCUGGGGGAGCCGAGUGUUUAGGGGGUUUAAAAGAAAUAUACGCCGGAGUAAAGCUAACUUUUGUGUGUGUGAGGAUAACUGAUUUAGAGAGUUUUUAUUACUUUGGGAAAGGAGCGUUAGGAUUUUUGUAUUUUCGGAGGAGUUUUCUGUUCUUUUUGGGUGUCGUGGUGAAGGAUGGAUGAAAUGCGGCCUAGCGGCGGAGCGGCUGGUCACCUCGGGCUCGCCUCGCUCUUUCCGCCGGGGCUGCAGGCCAUAUACACGGAGUGUCGGCGCCUGUAUCCCGAUCAGCCAAACCCACUACAAGUCACUGCCAUUGUUAAGUACUGGUUAGGCGGGCCAGAUCCACUGGACUACAUUAGCAUGUACAGGAACGUGGGAUGUCCUGCUCUGGAUGUACAAGAACACUGGCACUAUGUGAGUCUUGGACUGAGUGAUCUGUACGGAGACAACAGAGUUCAUGAAUUCACUGGCCAAGAAGGUCCAAGUGGAUUUGGCUUCGAGCUUACGUUUCGGCUGAAGAGGGAGCCUGGGGAGACAGCCCCCCCGACCUGGCCAGCUGAGCUUAUGCAAGGUUUGGCUCGGUACGUCUUUCAAUCAGAAAACACAUUCUGCAGCGGUGACCACAUUUCAUGGCACAGUCCGCUAGACAACAGCGAAUCCCGAAUCCAGCACAUGCUGCUCACAGAGGACCCGCAGAUGCAACCUGUACAAACCCCCUUUGGGCUGGUCAGCUUCCUUCAAAUCGUGGGGGUGUGCACAGAAGAGCUGCAGGCAGCACAGCAGUGGAACGGUCAGGGGAUUUUGGACCUGCUGCGUGGCGUGCGUGUUGCUGGAGGUCCGUGGUUAAUCACUGACAUGAGGAGAGGGGAGACUAUAUUUGACAUUGAUCCUCACUUACAACAGGAGAGGGUGGAUAAAGGCAUUGAAACAGACGGCUCUAACCUGAGUGGUGUCAGUGCCAAGUGUGCAUGGGAUGACCUGAGCCGACCUCCCGAGGAUGAGGAUGAUAGCCGCAGCAUCUGCAUUGGAUCACAGCCACGCAGGCUGUCUGAGAAAGACACCGAACAGAUCAGGGAAGCCCUGAGGAAAGGACUGGAGAUAAACAGCAAGUCAGUCUUACCCCCCAUUAACAGUCAGAGACACCAUCAAGACCGGCCACUAAGCCGUAAGGACAGCCUGGAAAGUGAGGGCUCCUCUGCUAUUGUUCCUCAUGAACUGGUGAGGACACGACAGCUGGAAAGUGUGCACCUCAAGUUCAAUCAGGAGUCUGGAACUCUGCUCCCACUGUGCCUUAGAGGUCGCCUCCUUCAUGGGAGGCACUUCACAUAUAAAAGUAUCAAUGGUGACACGGCAAUCACAUUUGUAUCCACUGGAGUGGAGGGUGCCUUUGCAACAGAAGAGCAUCCCUAUGCUGCUCAUGGGCCAUGGCUACAGAUCCUUCUCACUGAAGAGUUUGUGGAGCACAUGCUAGGUGACCUUCAGAAUCUGAGUAUUCGUGACGAGUCCAAGCUACCAAAGGAAUACAGCUGGCCUGAUAAGAAGCUGAAGAUUUCUAUUCUGCCAGAUACAGUGUUUGACAGCCCGCUGCAAUAAGACUGACAAGCUGCGUCUCCCCCACGUCUCUAGAGAAAUGCUGAGCUGCAGGGGCUCUAUAGAGACUCGUGCUUAUACGCAGUUGGAGGAAAUGGACACGUAGACACUUGACUCCUUCUCCGAGAGCUGUUGGCACAAGACACCGACUAUGCCUUUUUUUUUUUUUCACCAAGUAUUAACUCCAUCAUAGCAUUUACCCUUCAAAUGUUUCUGCUGAAUGCAUUUUGUCCCGAUACCUUCAUUUCAUUUUCAAAAGUCUACCUGUGUGCCUGUAUCCUGUGUGUAAUAUAGAAGGUUUUUGAAUACUUUUUUUGAAUAUUCAAGAUGGUUGUACUGUAAAAGGGCUGUCUGUGGUGUGCAUUAACCCAGACUGAUAUUUGCAUCAGGUUGAAGGAUGACUUGUUUAAAUGUAAACAGUAAUACUUAUUGAUUUUAUGGGAGAACAAACGGGGAGGCGCUAAUACUUUAAAAUAGCGUUAGAAAAUGAUUGUGCAUAAGAGGUUGGAUGAAACCAUGUUUACAUGUUUUAAGGGUUGGGCAUAGCAAAUUCAUAGCCCUGCCAAAUAUUCCCAAACUUUUUUUUUUUCUUUGCCACAAGGAAGUACUGACGUAAAUCUGCUUGAUUUUAAUGCUUUCUUUUUCAAAGCAUUAUCUUAAAAUGUUCAUGGUGUGUGAACAAUAUGGAUUAUGCCAAAAGUGUACUUCCUCAAAGUCAAAUUAGUUCUACUGCUCGAACGAUAUACUGCUAAUCUAAACAUGAAUGUUUUGUAAAUUAUUAGUACGUUACUGCAUUAUUCAAAAAAACGUGCACCUUCAUCACGAAGCCUCGCUAAGAAAUGUUUACUGGCUGAAGUAAACUUUUUACCAGUGACACUAUAACAAACUGCUUUUCAUGAGGUCAAGCUGUAAUUACUUUACUGAUUUAUACCGUAAGUUAUUAGUGUUUCACUUGCUGUCAAAUUAAAUACACUAGUGCCAACACUAUCUUGAUGCAAGUUGCUAAUCUAUACCAAAGCCAGUAUUUAAUUUCCAUUCUCAUGUAUUGGAUGUAGAUCAAAAGCCCAUUUUGUUAUGAUGGUUGUCCCCUUGAUUUCUUUAACCAUUUAAAAUGCAACGGUUAACAUUUCCACCCAUCAUUCCUGUUACAUUGUUAUUUUAUGGAUGUAAGCUAAAAGGUGUUUGUGGGUACAGGAGUGUGUUCAUUAACUGCAUUAGUUCCUUUUUUUUUAAACCGAAAUUCAAACUUAAACCACAAGGUUUUUUUUUUCUUUUCUUUUUUUAAGAGAUGUUUUAUGUAGGUUUUUUUCUUUUUUUAUAUAUAUAUACUUUCAAAUCACUAAACUGCCUGUUUUCUUACCAUUAAAGUUUAUUUCCAUAAA